AUGAAUAAAGAUCCUGCAGAUUACACAGCUAUACUAAUUAAUUCUCAGACUGGUGAUUCCCAACGUAUUAAUUUACAAUAUUUUAUUGUUUGGAAUGAGUUAUGUAAUUUUAUUAAUGCCAAAUGGUCAAUGAAGGAGGAUCAUAUCUGCUUACUCUUGAGUCCCAUGGGUAUUAAAUUAGAUAAAUUCAAUUAUUUGAAAAUAUUAAAUACCCUAAAUAAAUCAAAUACACUAGAGAUUUGGAUAUUCAGUAAAAAUAAUAUUAUAGAAGACUACAGGGGAAAUAAUUUAACUCUUAUUAAACCUUUAUCUUCACCUCUUUCAGACGUUAUCAUACUUGAUUUGAAUUAUUCCAGUCUUCUUUCCCUACUAACAACAAACUUAGGUUGGCUAAGUGCUUUAGAAAUCGAUGGAUAUUAUUUAAACGAUGUAAUUUCUUCAGUCUCAAAUAAGUUGCCCAUUUUAAUACGCAGCUGUUUUAUCUUUAUCCAAUAUUUACAAAAUUUAAUUGAUGAUCUAACCAAAUUGUUAAAGAAAAAUGAUAAUUUUUUCAAUGACCUAUUAAAUGAUAGAGAAAAUAUGCAAUGGGAAAAGAUUUAUAUAGAAAUUCUAAAUAAAUUGCCUCUCUAUCAAUUGAAAAAUACGGACCAAGAGACUUUACAAGAUUUAGUUGAAUUUCAUACCUUAAAAAAUUAUGAUCUACAAAUGAGUCGACUAAGAGUGAUCAUUGAGGAAAAAUUCAAUAAGAUUAAUUCUAAUCUUAAACAAAUUAAAAAGGAUUUUGAGACACUUAAAUCAGAUCUUAAUUCUUUAAAGAACCAAACUUUUAAAUCAAAGAAUAACGAUGAUAUCUGUAAAGUGACAAAUGACACAGAAUUUUCUCAAUUUAAAGACUCAAUCAAUUUUGCAAAAACUUUCAGUAGAAACAUUAUUAAUGAUCCUGCCUAUAAUAACACUAAUAUUAAAAUUGAUGAAGAUAUGAUCCAAAAAUUAAAGUCUUUAAAAGAUAAGCAUUUAUUUCCAUUAUUUGAAACGUCUCAAGAUUUAUAUUGCAAAUCCUUAAAAUUGUUAGAUUACCAAAAACAGUUAAAAGAAGAAACCAAACCUAUAUCAUCUAGACUAUAUCAAAUCGAACAAAAUAUUACUGAUCUAAAACAGUUCAUAUUAGACCAUCUAAACCAAGAUUUAAAACAAUUUCAGUCAUUAGAUGUUGCCUUUGCACACAUAGAAGACCUACCUAUCGUCUAUGGAUUAUAUAUGAUUGAAACAUGGAGAAAAAUCAAUUGGGCAUUACUAAUACUAAUGAAACACUCAAAGUAUCUUAAAUCAAUGAAUAUAUAUCUUGAAGAGGAAUUAUUGACAAGAAAUAAGUGGAUAAAAAUAUUUGGAUCUAUUUCUUCGAUUUUUUUUAAUUAUGAUUCGUCAAACCGAAAAAAUUCUUCAAGAGAAAUAAUCAGCGAUGAUAAUAAUGGUAAUAGUAAUCCGUAUUAUUUGAUUGAUAUAGAAAGUUUGAAAUCGAAAAUCCUUGGCACUAUUGAUUUUAAUGAUAAUGAAACUACUAUUAAAACGUUAGAUGAUACUUGUCUGAAACUUUUAAACUUUAUUAAAAAGUACAUUAGUUCUUUUGACAAAUUAACAGAUAAUAAAGAGAUUAUUAAUGUUUUAAAGAAGAGAUUGCUUGAAGCACAAACAGAUCAUCUUAAAGAUAUUGAAUACGAGACUUCAAAAAAUAUAAACUGUUCUAGUAAUAUUGAAUUGGCAAUACCAAGAUCUAAUAAUCAACCUGAGAAAAUAGUGACUGAAAAAAACGACGGAUACUGUAAUGAUAGUAGAAAACAUGCUAAAUUUGAUCAAGGACCGUUUGAUUCAAAUAAAAUGCAAUCAAAAAAUCUUAUUGAAUCUUAUAAGAGAAGAAUACAAAAAUUAGAAUCAUUAUUACACGAGUCAAAAUAUUCAAAUUUGACAUCCUGGCCUACAACCCUCAUCAAUGAUUCAUUUUUAAAAUAUAGUGCAGAAAGCAAACAAUUUUCAAUAAUGGACCUUGGACCACUUCAAAUUCAUCAUAAUACAAAUCAUGCAGAUGAACCAGAGUUGAAACUUUAUAAAGUAAGAGAAUUGCAAUUAAUUGAAAAUAUUACAGAUCUGAAGUCAAAAAUUGAAUCAUUGAAAGUUAAAAAUUCAGAAAUAAAAGGAAACCUCAAUGACAAAAUUUCAAAAAUAUCAGAUUUGAACCUUGAAAAGGCUGCAUAUAAAGAAACUAUGGCAAAUCUAAAUAUUGAACUUCUAAGACUGACGAAUCUUGAAGAAGAAUUAAAAUUAGAGCUAGUAAACAACAAAAUCCAAUUUAUAAAUGACAUAAACAAUUUACUUAAAGUGAACAGAAACAAUUUAGAUAGUUUUAAUAGGACUAAUCAAGAUAUUCAAAAUAGAAUGAAACAAAAGAUUAAAAUAUUAGAACACGAAAAUAAACAACAAAAUUUAAAAUUCAACUCUAAUAGGGGCGAAUGGAGUAGACGUGAAUCUGAGUAUCAACAUGAACUUGAAGAAUUAAGCAAUACCAAUAAAUCUUUAAAAAAAUGCAUGGAAGCUAUAGAGAAAGAGAAUGAAAGAUUAAAAAAAGAAAAUAAAAGUUUGAUGAAAGAUAAUGAAAAAAUAACUCAAGAGAAUAUAGAUUUAAAGAUAGAAAAUAACACUUUAAUUCAGAAUAAGACAAAUAGAAAUAAAACAUAUGAAUUUACUAAUACUGAAUCCUCCUCAUUAGUGGUACAAUAUCAGAAAAUUAUACAUGAUGUUGAAAAUAAGUUGUUUAGGAUUUUUAAGAUCAACACAUUUAUUUUAGAAAACAUGGGAUUAUUAUUGACUAACAACAGCGCUGACAACGAUAUUGCGUCCAUAGAAAUUAAAAGAGUUAAGGGAUUGAGGAAAAAUUCUAGCCAAACAAAAUUAGAUGAAAGUGUUAAUAAUAUAAUAACCUAUGAUGAACAAAAAUAUAUUCAAAGUGAUGUAUACCAUAAACUACAGGACAUCUUUGCAAUAUAUCUUGAAGAUAGUACUAAAGACAUAACUUCUUCUAUACAAACCUUGACUGUUCAAUUACAACCAUACUGGGAAAAGAUUUAUGAAACAAAGUUAUAUGAACAGGCCAUAAUAAGAAGAUUCAGCGAUAUGGAAAUGCUUGCUAAGAAAUUAACAAAGGAAAAUAAAUUAUUUAAAAAUUUAUUAGACAAGUAUAAGAAAGAAAAAAUAACAUUGACAGAUUUCAAAAUAGGAGACUUGGCAUUGUUUCUCCCUACCAGAGAAAACAUAUACUCAAUAAAAGAUCCAAAUCUGUCUAUUUCUUCGUUGCUCACUUCAUCCUUCUCUUCUGUGGACUUAUCAACUCCUCCUAUACCCAAUAUUACAAUAAUGAAUAGAAGUGAACUACAUAAAGAUAUAUCAAAGAAAAAAGAUUUAUUACUUGAAAAGUCUUAUCAAAAUAACUCAGAUAAUUCUUCACCUCUAUGGGCGAUAUUUACCGCUUUUAAUGAAAGAACAAGGUAUUUAUUGAAAAUGGAUAACAACAAUUUAUCUAUAAAAAAUAGAGAUUGGUUUAUUGGAAAAAUACUAACCAUUAAGGAAUUAAACACACAGGACAUUAAUCGAUCUUCCUAUAAAACACCAACACAAUCUUUAUGUUAUCAAGUUACCGCAGAACUCGUUCCCGGACAAUUGUAA